AUGUCUCCAACGAUGACAAUUUUCGGAAAUUCGGAUUUACAUCCUUUUAUCAACGGAUUACGUAGCGCGUUCAUUGAUUUUGUCAUAGAGAAUGAUGUUGAAGAGCUCCCUGACGUUGUAGAGAUGACAGAAAACACUCCAAUUUUAUUAGCCGAAGUUUUAGUUCGAGUUAUGAAUAUAGAGACCAUUGAUGCUCAUAAAUUCGUUUUCCCGAAAAUGCUGAAGGUUCUUGGCCAGAAUCUCGUUAAUUUAUGUCAAACAAAAUAUGAAUUUUUAUAUCAACCGAGAUCUGCUUUGUUUACAUUUGUUUUUAGGCUGUUUAAGAAUAUAGACUUGGCAUGGAAAUGCUUUACAUGCGAGAAUUUCGUUUCUUUGUUCAUGUCUUUGUCAUUAGAAACAGAUUUGACUGAAACAAUCUUUUUCGCGGUCAGAGACGCACUCACAAACUUCGAUUCAUCAUAUGACGCAAACCAAUUGAACCCUUUAAUCGAUUGGUACUAUAAAACAAUUCAAUUUUGUGUAAAUGAGGCAAAAAGUGACGUUUAUUUGCAUUAUUUACAGGUAGUCAUCACGACAAUGGCCGAUUGCUUCGGAGAACAGCCUUGGUUGUCCAUUUCUUUCAGGCCAAUUCUGAAAUUAUUGUUGGAUAUUUUGGAAGUACGUCCGGAUAGACUUAUUCUUGAAAAUACCAUCAAAUUGUUAUCAGCCAUUGAACGAACUGUUGAUAAAUUCUACUUAAAUCGCAGUUUGUUCGCUAGAUUAGUCAAAGUUAUCAAAUUAGUUGACAAAGAAGAGCCUUCAACAAGAAUUGAAUUGUUAUUGAUGUCUUUGUUAAGUGGAUAUUGCGCAAUGACCACUUUAACAAGGUUUUACAUCAAAGAACCUUCAGUUAUUCCAUUAAUUAUUGCAGUUUUCGGUCAAUCGUCCAGAUUCGUCGAUAUUCUUAAGACAUUCAAGCAGUUAUGCGACUACACGGCCUUCAACUGCCGUCAAUUCCACGAUGGAGACCUGGAUUGGAUAUUGAUGACCUACAUCUCACAAAAGAAAGACAAGGCGACCUUCAAAUACCGAAAUGUAGAUAUUUCUAUAUCACUUGAGCAUAGCGAUAUCGAGAAAUACGUCUUGCCAUUAAUAACUUCGAUGGCAGUUUCAAAAUCAUCAACUGCUAUCUCAACCAUCAUGGCCAAUUAUAUUUCUACAGACGUUGACCAGCAUUCCUUUGAUUUUUGCAACUAUUUAGACAUACUUUUAGGAAAAUGUGCAAUUACUCCCACAAAAACCUUCUCAAUGAACACUUCCCCUGAUCCACAGUUCUCUGUACAAGGCAUAUUUGGCGAAGAUCUCAACAAAGGCUUCACAAUUUCCUUAAGAUUGAAUAUUGAUGCAACACCUAUGACAGCAUCCAACGCCAGCAUCUCCUUAUUCACUAUUACAGACGAUGACUACAAUCUCCUUCGUUGUUUCCUCUCUGCUGGCCAUAUUUUCAUGAAAUACGAAGCAGAUUGUACAAGAACAUCCGUAAUCUUGGCCAAAAACGUUCCAUCUCAACAGUGGACCUUGUAUACAAUCAUUGUUCGUAUGGAUGGUCAAAUGGUCAAACUAAGUACAUUCGAAAACAACCAAAGUUUGAAUGAUUCAGACCUUUGUGAGUUCACUUUUAAUCCGACCAAGUUAGAAUUUGUUGUUGGCGGAUUGAAUGAACCGAUGGAAAACUCGCAAUGGGAUGAUAUUCAAAUGGGAGAGUUCGGAGACUUGAAUCUUUACACGGAAUUGUUGACUCAAUCCGAUAUAAAUGUUUUGUAUUCACAGCCGUGGAGUUUCACGAAAGUUCCUUUGUUUUCAACGUCUUCCAUUCCAACACCUGGUCUCAAGUCGACUUUUACAACACCAAGAAAAAGAAUCGCUGUAAAUUCGUCACUUUUUUCAAAUUACAUUGAAAAUUUGACGAUAAAUGUCAGUGAUUGUAAAACGCCAUCAUUACAUUUAUUAGAUAACAUGGUUGAUGGUGAUUAUGGCAAUAUAUUGGCCGGGUUCUUCAGACAAGAACAGUUUUUCAACAACGAAUAUCCUCCUUUGAUUUUGGGAUUGAUAAAAUCAAUCUUCAAAAGAUCCCUAAAAAGUCAAAUUGGUUUCACUUCACUUUUGACUAUGACCACCAAUCUUUCGCAGCAUCCGAUGAUACUGAACUCCGAACUUUACUUGGCUUUGUACCACGUUUUCGAAUCAAUUCAAUACGAAGCGUUACAUUUUCAAUGGUUUACAAAACUUGUAUUCAAUUUUUGGUUGUGGGUCAAUUGUGAGAACUACAAUGACUUAUUCUUUAUUUUGCAGCACUGGCAUUCGAUUCUUUUACCGAAUUUGACUGAUUUGGUCAAACAAAAAUCAUUUUUCUCUGUUUUAUUAUCACAAUAUAAAAUGAUUUUGUGUUUUGACAAAGAAGAUGAAAACAUUGAGAAAAUAGAAGAUAUAAACUACGAGCAUUCCAUCAAUAUAAUGAAAUACUUCACUAAAGGUUACACAGUUAAAAAUGUAUUGGCAAUAAGAGACAUUUUUGUAAAAAUUAUGAAAAGAACGGCUUUUAUCAAUUUUACUUCAUCUGAUUUCCGAAACUUGUUCAGUUUAUUGGCAACAUCAAAGACAAGAACAACUUCAUUGAUAAUGCUCGAUAUAAUACACAAUAUAACGAAGCCAAUCCUUCAAACAAAAAUGGUUUCUCAUAAAUAUAACGCAAUUUUGGAAGAAUUUGUAAAAAGUGACAAUUUGGAAAUUGUCAAAUCUGCCAUUAUUUGUUUACAUUCGAUAUCCUAUCAGAACAUGAUUGAAUAUUCACAACAGAUCUCAGAGAACAUAA